CAAUUUGAACAACAGCAUUCAGCCACCCUUCAUAACUUCAAUUUCCACCAAGGCUCGCUUGUCCUGAUGCACAACACAGCCAUAGAAAAGGCACUCAAUCGGAAGAUGUGUCCACAGUAUUUAGGACCUUUGCUAGUAAUUUCUAGGAAUCAGGGAAGAGCAUAUAUUUUGGCUAAACUCAAUGGAUUGGUCUUUGAUUGGCCAGUUGCAGCAUUCCAUGUUAUUCCUUAUUUUGCU